GUUCCGCAUACUCCCGCGGUGGCGCUGUGCACGGGAGUCCGACCGCGAAUACGUACCUCGUUAUAUGGAUUUUAAAACGUAUUAACAGUAUUGUAAAUUGAUAAAUUACGUGUUAAAAUAUAGUAAAGUGUAUUACAAACAAACCGUGCUAUGUGGCUGUGCUUAAAAUGGUAUUAGUUUGUGUAUCUGGGCGUAUCGCGACGCUGGCUCGCACGGUCGGUGUCGUCCAUUAGAAACGAUUUUCCAGGGGCAGUGGAGGGUGUGCGAUCUAACACGGAAAAUUCCCAAGUGCGUUAGGAUACAAGUGUAGCCAGUGUCCGGGCGAUGUAGUGAGAGCAGAGAGCGUUCCUGCCCGCGAUGUAUCAGUCGGGGAGUGUAUCGACCGCGCCGAGACCACGGCUGGCUGUUUUCCAAAGCCGCGUCGUGCGCGCUCGCCCGACUCUACGCGCUUAACGAGAUAAUCACGGACGAUUCGCACUGAACUCUGGUUUAAACUAUUGUUAUGAGUGUUAGCAGGCAUAAUGCCCGCUGUACCGACCGCUCUGUGCGGCCAUAUCAUCUAGAAACAAAACGAGACCACUAAAUGGCGCUGGGGAAGUUACUUUCUGUGCUGGUCGUGGUAGCCAUAGUCCUUGGCGACCAUGAGGUCGAAAAGGAGAGUAAAGCUAAGAAAGCCAUGGCGGCGGAGACGCAACAGAAGUACAGGAGUGCGAACCCUGGGAAGGAGAAGGGGUCUUUUCACAAACUGAGUGCGAUGUUCAACAAGACGGACGAGCGGCGCCAGGGCCGGCGUGGGGAUAAGACGUCGGUGGACAAGCUGAUGCGGCUCAACAAGAAGUACAACGACAUGAUGAACGACAACCAGGGCGCCAUCGCCAUCAACCAGAAGAAUUAUUCAGACAGCGACACCGUCACGUUGACUGACAAGAUGAAGAUCUUGCGUCCGAACGUGCCUCUGUAUGAGGCGGUCAACAAGAACCCUUACGUGUCGCAAGCCACGGGGGUGUACUGCAGCUUCGAGAAGAACGGGACGAACAACCCCGCCAGCAUGUGCAUGUGGCAGUGGAACUCCACGGUGUCCAGCCACGGGCUGGGGUUCAAGGUGGUGACUGCAGCCGACGUGGUGGCCAUGAACCAGUCCACCAGGGGCCUCAAGUUCUCCGGGCCCACAGCGGACGCUGACGGCAAUGUGGGAGGCCACUUCCUCUACCUGGCCGUGGACCCUACCAUGGAGAACAUGGUGAUCAAGUCACCACCCUUCCGAGGUCUCUGGGAAUUCUGUAAGUUUGAAGCCAAGCUGCACCAGAGUAAGAUGCAGAACGCGAGCAUCCGCCUGGUGUCGGAGUCCACGAUGUCUGAAGUGCAGUGGAUACUACAGGAGGUGGCCGGCAACAAUUUCGAUAUCUGGCACCCAAUGCGCUUCAUAAUCGGCAAGGUGCAGCAAGAAGUGCGCAUCAUAAUAGAGAUCACGCGGCCAAGCUACGUGAGCCUCUCACAGAACUUGCCGCACAUCGCCAUUGAUAACAUUAGGAUGAUAGACUGCGUGCCGGAGCCGCCGAUCUAUAACGGAGAGUGUGUGUUGGGACAGCUCAAGUGCCAGAUUAUGAACAAAGACUCGUGCAUCAAGCUGCAACAAGUCUGUGACCUGGUGAAGGACUGUGACGAUGGCAGCGAUGAAGCACAGAACUGCGACAAAAUGCCGUAUGGAUCUUAUUGUAACUUCGAACAAGAUACCUGCGGCUUCGAAAAUGUUCCACAGCCAAUACUCAAAUGGUCCCGUCACAACGGGCCCACCCCCACAGACAAGACAGGGCCGAACUACGACCAUACAUGUGGGCCCACGCUCCCCCACCCAACCAUGGUGGUGCCCCCCCUGUUCCCAGCACAUUUGAACCUGAGCAUCACUCAGUGUGUCGGGUACUAUUUCUUCGUCAACAUGAAUGUGACUGGGCCCAAUAAAGAGAAGGCGGAUUUCGCUUCCACCGCUGUCAUGAGGACUGUCAUCUUCAAUCCGCCUCCGAAGGUCCAUGGGAAUAUUACGUCCAGAUACUACAAUUGUUGUAUGAUAAGGUUCUACUACCAGCAAAAUGGUAGGAACUACGGUUCGUUGAGCGUGAAUGUGGUGGAACUGACGAAUCGUGGUAACAUCACCACCUCCGUGUGGUUCAGUACCAAAGAUAAAGGCGAGAACUGGUAUAGAGCCUCUAUAUUCCUGCCUAAUGUUACUAGGAGGUAUUUCCUAGAAUUCAAAACUCGCAUGGGCAUGCGGAUUUACUCGGACUCAGCAAUAGACGACUUCUCCAUGGCUCCGGAGUGUUUCGGGCUGAACGUGGACCCGGCAGAGCUAGGGGACUACAACUAUUACGACCCCUCAUUCGAAGAGAAGACCACACCGCAUCCUGCGUUUGCGGAUAAACCAUUCUACCGCUUCACGACAUGCGGCGCGACGGGCCGGUUCGGUCCGAACCAGUCCAUGUGCGACGCGGCGUACAACAACAGCCCGGUGUCGGUGAGCGUCAUCCAGAGCCCCCCCUACCAGGGGAUACAGCUCUGGGAGGUGCCCGCUGAAGGACUCUAUACGCUGAUAGCGACGGGUGCGAGUGGGGGGCUGGGGUCUGCGUGGGCGGGGGUGUCGCACGCGGCGGCCGUGCGCGCGCUGGUGGAGCUGCACAAGUCCGAGCGCGUCUACAUACUCGUCGGGCAACAGGGGAUCAACGCAUGCAAGAAGACCCUAUCAGCCCAAGAAGGCCACCACGAGUGUUCCCGGCGGACCUCCAACGAGACCAGCCAGGUGUUCACCAGCAAGACCCACGAGGUGCGGAACACACAUGUCUCCGACGGAGGGGGCGGCGGUGGGGGAGCCACCUAUGUGUUCCUGCUGGACAAAGACGGCCAAGCCUUCCCCCUACUAGUGGCGGGGGGUGGGGGAGGGAUAUCGGUGGGGAGCUUCAGAGACGACGGGUCGCAACACGCGCGCCCCCUCACUAACGCCACGCCGGAGUCCGGGUACAUGUAUGGACAACCGGGGAAGACUUCUGGUGCGGGCGGUGGUUGGUUGUCUCGCUCGGGUCCGACGACUCCAGGGUUCGAGCUGGUGCGGGGCGCCGCGCUGCACGAGGGGGGCGGAGGGGGCGCCGCCUGCGCCGGACAGGCUGACGGGGGCUUCGGCGGCGGAGGGGGAGGCUGUCUUAGAGGGGGCGGCGGGGGUGGGUGGCUUGGUGGAGAUACAAACGAAGGUCGCGGUCUGCACGGCGGCGGGGGCUGGUCGUACAUAGCAGCCAGUCGCGCCGUCAGAGACUACAGCGAGGCGGCCGUCGCGCCGCGGACCGGGCCCGGGGAGCUGCUUAUAAUACCCGCUAUACAUGACUGUGACUGCGACUACCGCUGCGUGGCCCUGAACGAGUACCGGAGCGACGUCAACUGUUACUGCCCCGCCACAUGGACGGCAGACGCUCACGACCCCACCAAGUGUAUACUGGAGGAGGCCUGGCCCCGCACCCCGUGGGUGGUGAUUAUAGUACUCUCCGUGGCUGUGUUCGUCUGUGCACUGGCCGUGCUCUGCGUGUGUCUCUAUUUAUACAACACCUACCAAAGGAAGAAGGAAGCAGAACAGCAGCAGAAACGUCUUCUAGAACAAGAUGUGCAGCUGCAGCGCCUGCGGAGUGCCCCGGGAGGGAACGACAACCUCACCAUGGCGUUCAACCCUCACUACGGCAGCGAGAGCAUCCUGCCGCAGGGGAUCGAUGUCAGGGGGUUACCACAGGUCUCCAGAGAAAGCCUCAAGCUUGUCAAGGCUUUAGGCCAAGGCGCCUUCGGAGAAGUAUACCAAGGCCUGUACCGCCACCGCACGGGAGACACGGUGGAGAUGCCGGUGGCAGUGAAGACUCUGCCAGAACUGUCCACCGGCCAGGCUGAGUCCGACUUCCUGAUGGAAGCCGCCAUCAUGGCAAAGUUCAGCCAUCCCAACAUUGUUCAUCUGAUCGGAGUCUGCUUUGAUCGACAUCCACGAUUCAUAGUCCUGGAACUGCUCGCCGGUGGAGAUCUGAAGAACUUCCUCCGCGAAAGUCGGCCGAAGCCGGAGCGAGCCAGCGCCCUGACCAUGAAGGAUCUCCUACUGUGUUCCAUCGACGUCUGCAAGGGAUGCAGAUACUUGGAGAGCAAGAGAUUCAUACAUAGGGACAUAGCAGCCCGCAACUGCCUCCUGACAUCAAGGGGACCCGGCAGAGUGGUCAAGAUAGCAGACUUCGGCAUGGCGCGCGACAUCUACCGGUCUGAUUACUACAAGAAGGGGGGUAAAGCCAUGCUGCCCAUAAAGUGGAUGCCGCCCGAAGCUUACAUCGAUGGAGUCUUCACCAUCAAAACUGAUGUUUGGUCGUUCGGCGUGCUACUGUGGGAGGUGUUCUCGCUGGGCGUGAUGCCGUACACGGGCUGCGCCAACCGGGAGGUCAUGGAGAUGGUCUCCGGGGGAGGCCGGCUGGAGAAACCUUAUGGGUGUCCCCAAGAGAUAUACAGGCUGAUGUGCGAGUGUUGGAACCCGACGCCGGGCGAGCGACCCUCGUUCGCGCACAUGUACGAGAGGAUGCAGCGGUUUGUACAGGACCCAGCGAUAGUAAGCGCGCCGCUGCCCAUUGUACGGUCUCUGUUACCGCCAUGCAAUGACUUACCACCCAACGCCAACGGCCCGCAGCGAGGGCCGGCGUGCGACUACCUCGUGCCGAUGUCGCCGCAGGACAACCCAACGACCAACAAUAGCCCCACGGAACCGCUGGUCCCUCAUAGCAAAUCGCAAACGGUGGCGCAGGAUCAGCCAGAAACGGAGGAUUCACAAUAUCCACCUCUUCUGAAAGCAUCACAAGAAUAUGGCAACAUUCCAAUGGCGUCCCGGAGCGGCGCAAGCGCAACAAGGCGCGAUGCCUCCGCUACCUCCGCCGUCGAGACAAAGACCACAACAAAGUUUCUGCCGUCUAAUUCUACAGAUAGAUUGCUAAGUUCAGUAGAGGGUCCGUCACUGGACGAGAUAACGCCGGACGCCGACGACAAGCCGGUCAUAUGGGAGACUUCGUUCACAGAGCCACCUCGCAACGCUACGCCGCGACAGAGCAUCGACAACGGACCAGCCGUCGAGAAACUUAUAAGCAUAACCCCGACUUCUCCAAAACCGCCUGAGAACGCUCUAUCAAAAGCGAUAGAGACCAACGUCAUUGACAAGACUAACCACAAGAACGCAUUGAUGCCAGAACGGAAGACAGCUCCAAUAGCGUCCCCAGACCCGCCGCGCAUCAACGCAUGGGCCAAAGAAGCGCCAAAAUUCACGCCCAAACCGAAACCACUGUGCUUAGACGCGGCACAACUAGAGCAAAACUUGAACGCAUUGAAAAAGAACAGUGGUUCCGUCAACUUGACGACGAUGAACAUUCUGCCGCCAUACAUAAACGUCGUCACACCAAACAAGCUCUCCGAAUCGAAGACGAUACAGAUUGAUCCUAAGAAGGCGGUGAUAGACGACUUGCCGAAGGAAACGGAGUCGAAGGAAGAGAAGGGGAAGUUGAAGCAGUCCAGCUCGGCGGCGAGCCUGCUGAACGGGCCGAUGACGGACGUGCCGUACGCGGACAGCGACAACGCGUCCUCCAGCUCCGGCAGCAACCAGCCCAGCAAGAAGCUCGACGACAGGAACAUGGUCACCAUACAGGGUAGCAACGCCGAGUACGUCGGCGACUCCGAGAUUAGCUGCUAGACUCUCCAGUGAUGUUGUAGUGGGUUGUGGAACUGUGCCACCGAGACACUCAGUGAAAUGUUACAUAUUACUAGUUGUAAAUAUUUUUAAAUAAUAAUAGACUUUGUGAUCGAAGAAGAUAUUAAAUAAAAUAUUUAUUUUGAAAUUUUUGUAUUUUUAUCGUAUACGUGUACAAAAAUGUUUUUAUUUUCGUUACGGAUAGUAGUUUAUUUGAACAAUAUGGCUUCCUUGUUGCUUAUAGUCAUAGUUUAUUGUUGCUCAAUUAGCUCAAUGUUUUGCAAAGAAAAUAUUACCUAGAUCGAAUAAAGUCACUUAGUUUUUCUACUUAGAUAUUUUAAAAGAAAACAUCAGUUGUGUAAUUUUAAAUAUGGACGUUUGUAAAUAAACUGGGCUUAGUGGCAAUUUUUUUACCUAAAUUUUUGUAAUUUUUACAUUUAUUUUCGCUAAACAUUCGCGCAUUUGGUCUCAAAUAUUUGUGCAAAUGUAUUUGCAAAUGAAUUAGACCCAAUUUUAUACCGAAUUUUAAACAAGUUUACAUCAAGCGAAACAUUUGCUCAAAUGUUUGCUAGUCAAAUGUGUACAAGUCUACAAAUAAUUUGUCAAACAACAUAUUUUGGGAAACAAACGCACAGGCGACAUUAUAUUGCUUGUUAUACACCUAAAUCUUAUAUAAUAAGGUCAAGGAAACGAAUUAUACCGUUCUGUAUACUUUUGUUAACAAAUUCAGGACCUUUCGUAGAUUUUUUUUACAAGAAUACACUACAAAAAAUGUCAAACAGAUUGUAUACAUUUUUUCCAACGUGUAUUUUAUUUUCAGUAUAAAGUAUACAAGAAAAAAAUCACGAAUGGUCCCUUUCUCAUUCCUAGAAUAGACACUGUAGUCGCUUAAAAUGUUUGUAAAUAAUAUAAAACGUAGGUAUUUGUGUACAUCCGCCCUUUAAAUUAAAAAAAUACGAAAAUAUAUAACGUUUCGCGUAGAUGUACAUGAAUUUAAAAUUGAUGAGAAAAAAAAACUACUGUAUUUUGUUUGUAAAAAAACUUUAUGUGAUGUUAAAUAAGAAUAUUCUGGAGAUUUUCAUUUAGUGUUGUUAGAUUUGCCAUAAUAUAUAAAUAUACACUUAGAAGAUAUAAAAAAAUAGAUUUAUUAUAUAUAUCUAUAUAUAUAUUUGAAAUUAAAAGUGUGUGGAAUCACAUGAAUGCUUUAAUUACUGUAAGAUAGUUUAAGAUAAGGUGUUUCUUAUGUUCACUCAUAGUAGUGCCAUUUAAUUUUGUUACUGCCUACUUGAUGUGCAUUUAGUUACGUUCUAGGCAUGAAAUUACAGGGUAUCAUGGUAAUUUUGUUUUAUUUUUUCGUUUAAAAAGAAUCCAUCUUUAACUUUUCUUGGUGUUAAAAAUACUGGUCCUCUUGUCCUAAAAUAGGGAGUAUUGCUAACUCUUUCUAGCAUACUGUAUGAGAAAGGGACAGUGAGCUUUCUGUCAAGUUAGAACGUAAAAACGUUCAGAGAUAACAUUAAAAAUUGAUUUUUAAAUGUCGUAGUGACAGAAUUGUGUUUGAAUUAAAAAUUAACCUUAAAUCAAGGUGUAUGCCAAAGCUGCAAGAUACUUGAAAACAAGAGGUAGCUUAGUUUAGUUUGUAAAAUGGAAUAAAUAAAUGUCUCUUUGUUUCGUAUCAAAAGUAUUUCUUGUUUGUAUGAUAUACCUGUGUGUAGACUUUAUUUUUAUAGCUUAGCUUAUUUUUAAAAACAUCGAGAGGAUUUAUUAGGUAACCGACUUCUCCGUCGUCUUUUAGACUUAAGAAGUAGAAAAAUACCUAAUCGUGACUUGAAAUAUGUGAAUUCUAAGUCACGUUCUCCGAACCGAUGACCUAAAUCUAAGCUAAGCUAUAUUUUAAGCUAUUGCUGAAUUAUUCACGUUAGGUAUACCCAUUUUUUUAUCCAAGAAAUGUUUGUGACAGUUCAUUGAAAAAAUGUAUAUUUAAAACAUAGUUUUAAUUAUAUUUAAUAUUGUAAAAAUGAUGUACAGAUACAGAUGUUGUUUUUCAUUUGUAUUUUUCGCGAUGUAUAUUGUAUUUAGAUACAAUACAAUACAAAAAAAAAUACUCGAGAAGUGAUCGCCAUUUGAGUUAGCAUGUUUCAUUUGUUAUUUAUUUAAGCAUUAUUGUUGUUGAUAAUUUAAUUAUUAAAUUGGACAAAAUCAAGAAUUAAUGAAACGUCAAUGUAGUCGCGAUAUUAAGACGACUCUAAAGAAUUUGUAAAACGCAGAAAUAUUUGAAAUAUAAAUUACUUGUCGAAUAACGUUUUAUUGUCACUUCAAACUUUGCUCAAUUUAGGAGUUACUUUUGAACUAGUAAUGAAUCUUUUUAAACCUUUUUUUAUAUAAAAAAAAAUAUAUGUAAUGUGGUUGUGAAGUAAAUAUAGUAAACGGAUGAAAAAAAGUGAAAGAAAAGUUGUAAAGAGUUCCUUUUUAUUGAAAAAAAAAAUCGAGUGACUUUGAAAUGUUAUUCUUCAUAACUUUUAGUUGAUAAAAUUAAGUGUUGUGUACUGGGUUUAAAAAAAAAACAACGAAAAAUCGUUUAACAUUUACAUAAAGAUCGGGCGUUUAAGUUUACUUUACAAAAAAUGCAGUAUUUUUACGUUAUGUGUCCCCUUGUAUUAGAUAAUGUAAUGCUAAAAUAAUUAGUAAUGAAACUUUAUAUAUUAUAUGGUAUAUAAAAUACGAAAUGAAUAUGUAAAGUUUAUAAAAUAACAAUAAAACAAAAAAGUGUAAUUGAUAUUCAAAGAUAAAAUCAUUAUUAAUAAAUGUA